GAAGCAAUGGCCACAGAAGCCCCUGUGAAUAUCGCCCCUGAAUGCAGCCCUGUUGUUGGCACAGCAGCUGACAGCUUCGUUUGGCAGCCGAACUCGCCCAGCAUGCAUGUCAUAAGGCCCAAAUCCGCCAAGGGCCGGACUCGGCCAAGUCUGCACAAACCCCAGGGCCCGGAGGUGCGCUCCCGCCACACACCAUCCUCUCCGCCUCCAGCCGUUCCCUGUGAGUCGCCAAGCAGCCAGAAACUGGGGGUCUGCAUGCCCAAAUCUCCAAGUCAGGGAGCUCCCGAUGAGAUCCCGGAGCUGCGGCAACAAGUGCCCAUCGGGGCUUCCUCUUCCCUCAACAAAUACCCAGUCCUUCCUUCCAUCAACAGGAAGACCGUAGAGGAGGGGGCCGUGGAAACCAUAGCUAAGAAGGCUGGCUCCCUGCAGCUGAGCAGCAUCCAGGCUCUCUACCAAGAGCAGACCUGCACUGUGAGGACGAGCGAAGAAGAUUCCAGAGCCCCACCUCAUUCCCUGGAGAGGAAAUUUGUCGUCCAGACCAUGAGGCAAAGUUCCUACAGGGCCAGAGACCUGGAGGAACCAUCAGAUCAGGAGCCAAGGCUGCUGCUGGCUGUCAGGUCACCAUCAGGCCGAAGGUUCGUCCACCAUUUCCGGCCAACCGAUGCCUUGCAAACCGUUGUCGCUGUGGCAGAACACAAGAACAAGGCCACCUACCAACGCUGCAGCAUUGAGACUAUGGAAGUGCCCAGGAGACGUUUCUCUGACCUCACCAAGUCUCUGCAGGAGUGCAGAAUCCCCCACAAGUCAGUGCUGGGCAUCUCACAGGAAGAUGGAGAGGGGUGGCCCUGAGUCCGCCGCCACCCAGCUGGGAUCCUGGGUCUCUGAGCAAGGAGCAUGCUUGGGUGGCGUGGCCUCCCAGGCAGCUUGGUUCCAAGUGCCAUAUGAACCUGGUACCACUGUGACUCCUGGGAUGCUCGCUCUCCGAGCAGCUUCUUUGAAGCAGUGAAAUCGGCACAUGCCCCAAGUUCAUUAAGAAGUUUCUCCUCCUCCAGCCAUUAAAUUCUCCCCACCGCUGGAGCGAACUGUCAAGUUAGCAAGGCUGUUCCUGGAACAGCUAUGACCAGGCUUUCUUUUCUCCUUGGAUCCUUUUCUGAAGCAGCUGCCUGCCUGCCUUUACAGUGAACUCACGCUCUCUUGAAGCCAGUGGUUUGCCUUUCUGUAUUUGAUGCAGGAUUAAACACUUCGCAGAGAGGACUCUGCUCUGGUCAAUAACCAGAAAUACUGCCCUGGCGUUUGUGUUUCUUGCCAGCAUCUUUAAGAAACAGGCGGUUGACCCUAUCUUGGGAGCAGCCUCUUUGCCAGGCUCGGGUGACCCGAGUUUCUUGGGGAUUGCCAUUUGUGUGAGGUGAUUUCUGAGGAAAUAAUAGGCCUUUAGCUAAUACAAACCCGCCAAUACAUUUCUUAAAAGAGCCUGAGAGCUGGAAAGUAAAUCCCUUCCACAAGCAUAGAUUAGCCAGUAGCUACUUUACUUUUAGUAGAGAUUGACCAGGUCUACAAUUUUUGGUAGCUACUCCCUGUGUACAAAAUUUUUCCCAGACUGAGAAAAGCCAGCGUAAUCUGACGUCCUUUGCUUUUGUCAGUAAUGGAAUCUUGUUUUUAAAUUGCACACACCUGCAAGUCUGCAAAGUAUGUAGGAAAGCCCCCCUUGGCUUACCUGGGUGUGGACACGUUGUCUGAUCCCCAGUUUCAGUGUCUUCUCUACUUCCAACACGGAGGCUCCCUUGAAAGGAUGGCGGUGCCCUGUUCUCUGAUUUAGAAUCCUCUGGAGGAAGAGGCCUCCUCGGGCUGGUGUCACUUUGCUGUGCCUGUGCUAAGAGUCCAUGUGCCCAAAUGUCUGGUUGAUGAGCGUGACGCCUGUAGCUGUGUUGCAGACCUCAGAGUCGCAUUUCUCCUACUCUAAAGUGGUGAUAUGGACAUUUGCCAAAGUUCUCUUGUGUUGUGAGCUCAGCAAGACUCCCCCGUCUCAUCUGGAUCCCGUUUAUGGCCAAAGCACCACCCAGGAUAGGGGAGACCUGUCCUCCCCGAACCCGGCCAUCACGCAGCCCUGAGUGCUAACAUGCAUCCCUGCCUCCUAGGUCCCUAGUGAAGGCAGGCGGUCUAGAAGUGUCCUAGUGUUGUCACCUCUACAACACGUGCAUCUUGUGCACAGAUAAGGACUGUGGUUGGAAGUGUUGCUUCCAGCAAAUCGAUACUUAGCCAUGGAGAUGAAUCGCAACAUUGCUGCCUCUGAAGAAGGCUCAUCUUGUCCCAACUGCAUCCCACGCCGCCCAGAUGAUUCUAGAAUAGGUUAUUUUGGAACAUUUUUCCAAGUUUCUUAUUAAGAUACCAAAUACCAUUUGGUCAGCCGCUCCUUUGUCUGCAAAGAUCAGCUUGUGGUGCCUUGGGCAGGCCCACACGAUGGGCCACAUUCCCCCCGCUGCUGACCACACAGAAGGGCCUGGUGACUUGAGCCUGGAACUCACAGUACAGGAGUUUCACCUCCCACCCAGGACUCAAGCACAUUAAUUCUGCCUCUGAUCUAGGAAGCUGGGGGAAGAGCCUCCCACAAACUCACACCUACUCUGCGGUAAGAAUAAAAUCCCACCCACCUGGGACUUGGUAACUUCUCCAGGCAGGAGAUCUUUAGAUCGCGGUGAAAUGGAGCAUGCUUGAAGGGGGCAGACCUUCCGCACUUGGGGUUUUGCUAUUGCUGUUGAACUUAGACUUUGGGGUGGCGGAGAAAAAUGGAAGGCAUAGAGCAUAGAAAUAGUUUAGGAUAGCUUGGGAUAUGCGAACAAAGCUAGAUUUGAAACACUUUAAUCAACAUUUCUGCAGGGAUGAAAGAUGAUGAUACUAACAAUAAAAACCAAUUUGCAUGAACCUGAGUCAGUGGAGAAACGUGUCUUCUUAUUUCAGCCCAAGACUGGAGCCACCGCACGCUCGUGGACAGAGGGACUUGUUCACCCCAGCUUCACUCUCCCUCUUGGCCAAGCACUCGGCUCUGCUGCUAGAUCCCAGUGCCUCCCCCAGGCGCCCAGAUGCCCACCCUUCCCACAGCUCUGGCUCCUCGCUUCUGUCAGAGCACUGAGCUCGUCUGUGUGGGGAGAGGCUCCUGAAUUUCUCCCCCAAAUCAUUCCACGUACUCCCCUUUUGAGGUCGGCAAGAACAGGCUGUGUGAGAAUUUCAGAGUUCUUGGCUCUGCGUGUGGCACUGCCAAUCAGGUGCCCUGGUCCAGUGGGCCCAGCACACUGCUCUUGGUGGCCCGGGGUAGGUCUGAAGUUUGCCCACUGUGCGGUCACAGACCUGAGUCACUCAUUUAACCAACAGUCAUGGAGGGGCAGACCCUGUGCUGCGCACUUGGUGACAGGCGUGGGCACCCUAGCAAAGGAACAUCAGCAAGAAAAUGUGGAACCAUCUCUGGACUCAGACCAGCUGAAGCCGGCAGCUGUAGCUUCACCCGGAAGGAUCCUGGGGCGAGGACCAGGCCAGGCCACUACCCGGUCUUCACCCCACCUUGUGGAAGCGCGAAGGGAACUCUUCUUCCCCACCCCCUCAGCCUUUUCUAGUGAUGCAGGAUCGCUCGUUAGGGAUGCGAACUUUGCAUAGGACAGAGCUUCAUGACAAGUUAUUCUGCCAUCCCCCUGACGGGGUCCAGUAGGUAAAUCGGUCCUGGCAGCAGAAGGAACAGCAGGACGAAUAAGUGACUCAUCGCUCAGCAUCCAAAACGUUUUCACCAACAGAUGGCAGGUGGUUUUAACACAACAGUUUUGCCCCGAAAGUACCUGGGGACUCAGCCAACAGCCGUCGAUCCAGGGCGGCCCUGCUGAAGAGGCGAGGUGAACAGGACUGUGGGCCGGGAGUCACCCCAGAACUGCCCCACGAACACACUUCACGAGGAAACGAAGACAAGCCUUGAGGCUUCCACUCCAAUUAAAAACUUGAAAGACCAGUGACAGGUCGCUGUCACUGUCAUGCAUGACAAAAGUAAGGCCAUCCACGCCCUAGGCUUUGCUUUUGUUCACGCUUUUAGCACCAUUUUAGAGGGGUGUCUAAUGUCAAAUAAAGCCAUCCUGCCCUAAGGGGCAAAAAAGCUUCUCUUUACACAGUUUUUCAUUCAAGGCUUCAUAAUAAAUUGAGAGAAAAGGGUGCACGGUUGCCUGUGGUUUGGGGUGUAUUUUCCAUGAGCCUUUUAUAUGGUCAGAGGAUCUACUUUUACACCUUUUAAACAGAAUUGCAAAGAAACCCUGAGAUUUUUUUACUUCAGCACGAGCUUGGCAAUCGUUCUGAGAACUGAAGCAGGAAUACCUGUUUUCUUCGUCCACUAAGGCAGCACACCGCAACAAAGUUAAAAUUCUGAGCAUGUUUACCCUCACCCUGAAACCAGAACCAAUCAACCCCCAACCUCAUACGCAGAGAGGGUCGGAGGCCACCGCGGAGAAGUUAGCAGCCCUGCGGAGCAGACUUCUGGUGACUCACUCACCAACA